GGUAUUUUGUAAAAUGGCAGCCGUCUGAUAAAAAGAGGAAAUGAGUGAUUCCUGGUUGACAGAGUUGGUCUCUGGCCUCUGUCACACAGACCAGGGUAAUCCUUUCCCUCUGUGGCAGGAUGGACACAUCGGCUCCUGCUUCAACCAGCUCGUCCUUGGCGCCUUGCCUUAUGCUGGGAUGGCAGUUUUCAGUGCCUGUUAUCUGGGCAUGCCAAGAAGUGGCCUUUUCCAAACAUCUCCUCCGAUUGGAUGGAUGCUCAGGCUUGUGUCAGCUCUGCUAGCGGCAUCGCUUUUCACUGCAGACAUCAUGGUGGCGAGCGUCCUCCAGCAGGGGGACAUGUACCUGGACAUUCUUACUGACAGCUGUGCAGUCCUGGCCUGGCUGGUCCACUGUGGUGCCAUCCAAGUGCUCCUGAGGACAAGUUUCAGGAGAACCAGAGGACCUCCGCUGCUGCUGGUUAUGACUCUUCUGUUAGUGCCCAACCUUGUCUUCACCUUGAUGAUUUACUGUGGCCAAAAGGAAUAUUUAAGCUUUACUGAACCUCUUAAACUGGGAAGAGUUGUUCUUGCCUCAGCUCGCUCGCUCCUGUUUCUAGUUUACCUCCUUGCAUUUGCUUUUCCCUGCAUCAGGGAUACGGAGUACACCUUGUUUGUUAAUGCUGUGGAUGGACCUCCACUUCCUUCAGAGAGCACUCGAGCAAACACAGGUGAGAUGGUAGCUGAGGACGGGAGUAGUUGCCUCUCUCGUCUCUUUUACCUGUGGUUGAAUCCUCUGCUCAGACGAGGACAGCAAGGGGAGCUAGAAAGACCAGCUGAUGUGUAUCACCUUCCCCGGAAACUUCGAACUGGCGUUGUUCGUCAGUACUUCUGCCAGUGUUGGCAAAUGUGCCGACGAGGGGCAGGACUCAGCGACCAGCAGGAUCAGCAGCCCAGCCCAGUCAGCAGAAGCCUCCCGAAUAGCUCGAGUUAUGAGGAGCAACCAUUAGAGCUGGGGGGUGAUGUUGGAUUACUGAGAGUCUUGCACAAAGCUUUUGGCUUGCGGUACUACACCCUUGGUGUUCUGAAAAUUAUAGUCAACAUAUCUAGUUUUGCAGGUCCCUUGCUUCUCAGCAGUCUGGUGAACUUUAUUGAGGAAACGGGAGCCCCUGUCAGCAGGGGUGUCUGGUUGGCACUGGGGCUUUUUGCUUCAACUCUUCUAAGCUCCGUUCUCGGAAACAUUUUUGUCUUUGAGGUCUCCAAGGUGGCGCUGUCAGCUCGCGCUUCUCUUAUGUCAGCCAUUUAUUCCAAAUCCCUGAGAGUUAGCAGCUGCAGCCUGGCUGGCUUUUCUUUGGGAGAGUUGGUGAACCAAAUGAGCACAGACGUUGCCCGCGUGGUCAACUUCUUCAACAGUUUCCACGAGCUCUGGAGCCUGCCCUUCAGGUUUUCUAUCACCCUCUACUUACUGUACCUGCAGGUGGGUGUAGCUUUUCUUGGAGGGCUCUGUGUAGCAUUGGUGCUGGUGCCAUUCAACAUGUUCCUUGCUUCCCGCAUCCUUAACUACAACAAACACAUGCUGAAGUGCAAAGACGAUCGUGUUAAGUUGAUGACGGAAAUCCUCUUUGGAAUUCGUGUCAUCAAAUUCUACAACUGGGAGCCUCAUUUUACUCAGAAGGUGACUGAAUAUCGAAAACAAGAACUGUCCCACCUGAAGGCCGUUAAGUACCUGGAUGCCAUGUGUGUUUACACCUGGGCCACUCUGCCAGUCGUCAUCUCCAUCCUCACUUUUGUCACGUUCGUGUUGCUUGGACAUCAGCUGACUGCAGCCAAGGUGUUCACCACCCUGGCGCUGGUGGGAAUGUUGAUCGUUCCUCUCAAUGCUUUCCCCUGGGUGCUCAACGGCAUUCUGGAGGCCAAAGUAUCUCUGGAACGAAUCCAGCGCUUCUUCAAACUGACCAAUCAGGAUCUGCAGCUGCACUACACCCCAGUGUCUCCUGAAGACAAUCAGACGUCAGUCCUCUUGAGACAGGGGACAUUUUCUUGGGAGUGUCCAAAAAGUAGUGAAGAGGGAGACACGGGAAGUGAAGCUGCUAAAGGAAGUCUCCUGCUUCAUAAUCUGAAUCUUCAUGUAACUAAGGGCUCACUGGUUGUUGUUGUGGGGAAGGUCGGCUGUGGAAAGAGUUCCCUACUUGCUGCACUCACAGGAGAACUUCAGAGGCUGAGUGGUGUGCUCUAUGUUGCCAACAGAGAGGCUGGCUUUGCUCUAGCCUCUCAGGAGCCGUGGAUCCAGCAUGCAACAGUACGAGACAACAUCCUGUUUGGCAACGACUUUGAUGCUGCCUUCUACCAAACUGUGAUUGAGGCCUGUGCACUCUCAGACGACCUCACAGUUUUGCCAAAUGGUGACAAGACAGAAGUGGGUGAGAAUGGAGUGACUCUGAGCGGAGGACAGAAGGCCCGGCUGGCCCUCGCCAGAGCAGUUUACAUGGACAAAGACAUCUAUCUGCUGGAUGAUCCACUGGCAGCUGUGGAUGCAGAUGUGGCCAAACACCUCAUGAAGAAGUGUAUAAUGGAGCUCCUCAGAGGAAAGACCAGAAUCCUUUGCACACACCGUAUAGAAUUUGUGGACAAAGCUGAUGUGGUGGUCCUCAUGGACAAUGGGACAAUAAUUAAAACAGGAACACCAGCAGAGAUCCUCCCUUUAGUCGAGGCUGUUCCAAAAAUGGAGAGGAAUGACAACAAAGCCGAACAAAAAGCUAUGGUGGAGCAAGAUGAGGAGGAGUCGGGCUCUCUCCCCGAGCUCUGCGUGGACCAAGAUCUGGAUUUGUUGAGUGAAGAACAGAAGCAAGCAGGUGGACUGGCAUGGAGAGUUUAUCAGACCUACUGGUUUGCUGUGGGAGGAGCACUUGCUGCCUCCAUCCUAAUGUCGCUGUUCCUCAUGCAAGCUUCUAAGAAUGCUUCCGACUGGUGGCUCUCCUACUGGAUCUCUACACUAAAAUACAACGGCUCCAGCUGCGGUAAUGAUUCGACGUCACUCGACGCUGUUCCUCCUCACCUCCUUCUUUUCUCAACUGGUGGCCUCAUGUCUCCUCUGCCCUCUGUGCACACCUUUCUCUCCAAAAACAUGAACGGGGAUGUCAAGUUUUACCUGACGGUCUACGGAUCCAUUGCUGCGGCCAACGCUGUGUUCACCGCCCUCCGAGCCUUUCUCUUCGCUUAUGGAGUCAUCUGUGCUGCCUCUGUCAUCCACAACAGACUUUUGGACCGGCUCUUUAAGGCCACAGUCACCUUCUUUGACAUCACCCCACUGGGUCGUAUACUCAACCGUUUUUCCUCAGACUUGUACACCGUGGACGACAGCCUGCCGUUCAUCCUGAACAUUCUCUUGGCCAACAUCUUCGGCAUGCUCGGCAUGUUAGUGGUGAUCAGUUAUGGCCUCCCCUGGGUGUUGGUGCCACUGCUCCCCCUGGCUCUGAUCUACUACCACACGCAGCGCUUUUACAGAUACACUUCUCGAGAGCUGAAGCGCCUGUGCAGCCUCACCCUUUCACCCAUCUACUCGCACUUCUCUGAGACGAUUACUGGUCUGGGAACCAUCCGGGCCAGUGGCAGAUCUACCAGGUUUGAGGGAGAGUGUGCCAGUCUCCUGGAGCAGAACCAGCGAUGCCUGUUCCUUAGCUAUGCUGCUAUGCAGUGGCUGGACAUCCGCCUGCAGCUGAUUGGUGUCGCUGUAGUGACAGGUCUUGGGGUGAUAGCUGUCGUUCAGCACCAGUAUAGUUCUGUCGAUCCAGGUCUGGUGGGCUUGUCCCUGUCCUAUGCCCUGUCCAUAACACUGCUGCUGUCUGGCCUCAUAUUCAGCUUCACACAGACUGAAAUGCAGUUGGUGAGCGUGGAGCGGACUGAGGAAUACUCCACUGGCCUUCCAGCUGAGCCACAGCGUCUGAAUCAACAGCUGCCCCCUGCUUGGCCUGAACGGGGCUCUUUGGAGUUCCAUGGUGUGGUUCUGGCCUACAGAGAGGGUCUUCCAAAUGCGCUGGAUGGAGUGAGCCUGGUGGUACGACCCGGCGAGAAAAUUGGAAUAGUUGGACGCACAGGUUCUGGAAAGUCCACCUUGUUUCUGGCCUUGUUUCGAAUGGUGGAGCUCAACCAGGGGCAGAUACUUCUGGAUGAGCUGGACAUUAGCACAGUGGGCUUAGCUCAGCUAAGGUCCAAGUUGGCUAUUAUACCUCAGGAUCCCUUCCUGUUCAGUGGGACCAUCCGGGAGAACCUGGACCCCUGUGGCAGAAACCUGGACCAGCAGCUCCUUGACGUACUGGACCAGUGCCACCUCACCUCUGUGGUCAGCAGGAUGGGAGGUCUAGGGGCCGAGGUGGGGGAGCGAGGGAAGCGUCUCUCUGCAGGACAGAGACAGCUGCUGUGUUUGGCCCGAGCUCUGCUGACGCAGGCUAAGGUUCUGUGCAUUGAUGAGGCCACAGCCAGCGUGGAUCAGAAGACGGACAGACUUCUACAACAAACCAUCAGAGAGAAGUUUCAGGACAAGACGGUGCUCACCAUAGCCCACAGAAUCAACACCAUCAUGGACUGUGACCGUGUACUUGUAAUGCACUCUGGGAAAGUGGUGGAGUUUGACACCCCUGCUGCUCUUUGCCAAACUGACAAGUCAAUCUUCCACAGACUGGUUGGUGAGCGGCUCGAGUGA